AAUCUUAACUGAUAAUAGGAGUAACAGAUGCUAUUGUGCAUAUUUGCCGUUGAUAUUUGCCAAAGUAACGUUGAUAGGUAGUCCCGUUCUAUAGCAACGUUAGCAACACUGGAAGCGCUAUAUUAGCAAAGUAGGCAAAGCGUCCAAUCCAAUCCAUAUCAAUCCUUCCGUGUGUCGUGGUGUGUGCUGGUCCACGGACCGCGACCUCAAGAUCUCUGGACUGGUACCAUUCAAAUCGUUUGAGCUUUCCAGUACUUACAUCAGUGUGGAAGUGCGGUCGUCGUUUUAUUUUAACGAUGGAUAGGCGCAAGUUACUAGUCGCGCUUUCUCGGCUUAGCGGGCUUGGUACGCGUCGCAUAAGCCAGCGCGCAGCCAACGUUUGUCGCGGCGGUCAGACCUGCGAGCGCUCGAUGAACUUGACCUUUCCACGUCGAAAUUUUUCGGCUGGUUGCUCGUCUCUGUUAAAAGACGAAGCCGUGAACCCGGAUUCAGAGAAAGACGCAAAGUCCAAGCGGCCUCCCAUGGAACCUGAUGAUGAAACUCGAUCAAUCUUGAACGAUAUCUGGCACGACUUCGAGUGUGUACCCACAAAACCGAACCCCGUCGGAAGUGGAGGGUCCUCUGGCGCCCCGACACCCGCGGUGCCAGCGUCGCCGAAAACAGAAGUCCCCAAGGAGAGGACCGACAGCGGCAUCCAGAUUCAGAACCUGCUCCAUUCCGCGAGGGCGAAUGCCAAGAAAUUGUACUCGGAUGAAGACGCCACGGUGAUCCUGGACGCCGCCGAAACGACGACCACGCAACUUAGCGCCGGACAGGGCAUUGAAUACUUCCCGGAGAACGUCAAAAUUGACCCGUUUGAAGGGUUGAACCUUGAACGUGGGGAGUCCGGAGUCUUUGAAGUAGAAGAGUUGGUCGAAGUGCUCAGGGAUGAGAAGCUGACAGACAUAGCCGUAAUUGCGGUGCCAGAGGAAAUGGUGUACACGGACUACCUUGUGCUGUGUACAGCAGUAUCACCACGUCACUCCCGUGGUGUUGCAGAAUUCCUGAAAAAACUGUACAAGCGCAAAAAAGACAAGACUGAUCCAACUCUGUUUAUCGAGGGCGAGCAAUGUCCAGAGUGGAAAGUCCUCGACAUGGGAAAUGUUGUUCUCCACAUCUUCCUGCCCGAGGCACGUGAGCAUUACGACAUCGAGACCCUGUGGACUGUCGGCAGCACCUAUGACGACCUAACUCACAGUAAGGAUGACCCGGUCUUCAACAUGCUGCAGCAGCAGAUACAGCUGCUCCAAGAAAUUAAGCCCAAGGAUGCCCAAGAUCUCCGGAAUACGGCUGUACAACAUUGAUUUAGUGUGUUUUCUUUUCUUUUAUUUUUGCUAAGCUCUCAAUAUUUUAACACUCAGCUUAAGGUUCAACUGAAAGAAGGUGAAAAAAAAAAAAAUUGUUUUCCAGUAGUAUUACAGUUGUUAAGAUUUGUUUUAUUUGUUGUGGGUGUUGCAGUGGACUAGAGGUCCACACUACAAGUGUUACUGUGGCAGUUACUAUUAUGAAUAAAAGGUUGUUUUGCCUU